CCUGUACCCUCUCUCACCACCUUCCCUCCUCGCAUUGCUAACUACGACUAUUUGAUCUGUAUUGUAGCAGUCAUUCACGAUGGUUUACAUCCGACAGGACAAGCUCCCGAGGCUCAAAGAGUACAAGUACUCGGGAGUCGACCAUAGCCCUGUGUCCAAGUAUAUUAUGAAGCCGUUCUACAACAAUGUAGUCAUCAAGUGUUUCCCUUUAAGUAUGGCGCCGAACUUGAUCACCCUUACCGGCUUCAGCUUCGUCAUUGCCAAUUUCCUCACCCUCCUGUGGUACACACCUGGCCUGGACCAGGACUGCCCUCCGUGGGUGUAUGCGAGUUGGUCGAUAGGACUAUUCCUAUACCAAACAUUUGAUGCGGUCGAUGGCACACAGGCCAGGAGGACAGGCCAAAGUGGGCCUUUGGGCGAGCUGUUCGAUCAUGGUGUCGACGCUCUCAACACAACUCUUGAAUGUCUGAUAUUCUCCGCCUGCAUGAACUUGGGCCAAGGAUGGAAGUCGAUGUUGGUACUCUUCGGCUCUUCUUUGACUUUCUAUGUGCAAACUUGGGACGAAUACCACACGCAUACCUUGACUCUCGGUGUCAUCUCUGGUCCGGUCGAAGGCUUACUCAUUCUGUGCACUGUUUACGGUUUCACCGCGUACGUCGGAGGCGGGAGCUUCUGGCAGCAGUCACUGUUCCAGACCGUUGGCAUACCACACCUCAGCAUCAUCCCUGACUACAUCUACAAUCUUGCCUGGGAUGAAUGGUACAUGGUCCAAGGCGGCUCCGUUCUGGUGUUCAACACGAUCUCCAGCGCCCAGAACGUCAUGAAAGCCCGCCGCGAACGUGGUCAGAAAGCCCGUGUCGCCCUCAUUGGUCUCGCACCAUUCUUCACCGUCUGGACCCUUGUUCCCAUCUACCUGAAGCUGCAACCCGACAUCCUGCACCACCAUUUGGUCCCUUUCAUCUUCUUCAUCGGCCUCAUCAACGCCUACUCUGUCGGCCGCAUGAUCGUCUCGCACCUUACCAAGUCUCGCUUCCCCCGUGGCAACGUCCUCAUCUUCCCCCUGGCUUACGGCGUCAUCGACUCGCUGGGCCCAUUCCUGCAGCAGAAGGUAGGCUUCGGGUGGCCCAGCGCACUCGGUGACGGUACCUACCAGGUCGCCUUUGUGUUCUUGUGCCUGGGUUUUGGGAUUGGUGUUCAUGGAAGCUUCGUCGUUGAUGUCAUUUUCGCUAUUUGCGAUUAUCUAGAUAUUUGGUGUUUGACGAUCAAGUAUCCCAAGGUUGAGGGACAGGAAGCGAAGAAAGAGAAGUAGGUUGCGUAGAAGAGUACCUUCUUGCUUUAGUUCUAUGGCGGGUAGAUUGGUCUCUAGAAAGCGGGUGAUUCUGUAAUCCGGAUGUGUGCGUUGAUUAGGGCGGAACUCUAGUGUUGGACGAGCGGGCGUUUGGUGAUUUGGCGAAUCCGAAAACCUUUCAUGGUUGGCGCUAUUGGAGGCGGUACAUUCCCUUGAAUUAGUAGAUCUCAUUAAUUAAAGAGUAUCUACUCGUUGUUAAAUGUCGAAAGCACGGCCUCAUAAUAUCAUAUCGGGGACCAGGGGCGCGACUGCAAAGCUCCGACGA